GACACGUUUGCAGGCGUUGGGGCCCGCGCCACGCGUCGUCGCUUUCAAUCGCUGGCUGGCAGCUGCUCUUAAACCGCUCCACCGUGAGCGUAGCCGUCGUGCCCUGCCAUUGUUGCUCUCUAGCUCGAACCCGGCCCUUAGAAGAAGCACCUGAUCUCGUCCUAGCAGGCAUGGACGGCAAGACGGAGAUGCUUCUUCCGCGCCCUGUGACCGUGGCCAAGAAGAAGAUCCCAGGUUCUGUUUGGCUGGUCUGCGGAUGGGCGCUCCUCAGCGCCUGCGCCAUCGCCUUGGGCCACUACGAUCUCCCCUGCAGACAGGCCACGUUCGUUCUGCGUUGCGGGUGCGUUGAGCUGACGGACACCAAGGCCGCCUGCUUGAGCGCCCUCUGGAUCGGGGCCCUGCUCUGCACCGCGUCCCAGGCAGCCGCGGCGGCGCUGGCGCUGCUGCUCCCACGCCUCCACCCCGAGCUGCUCUCGCUCUCGCUCUGGCUCGCUGCCACCGGCCACUGCAUGGCCAGCGGCGCCGUUUUCAUCCUCUGCUUCGCCGAGCCAUGCCCAGGAUGCUGCUUCCACAGCACACUCUUCGUCCUGGCCCUGUGCUUGUUGGAGUUGGGCGACGUCGUCGGCUCCAUGGCUCUCGUCGUGGGAGCGGUGAGGAGUAGGGCACACACCAUGUAGGCGAUUAGCCCAGCAAGCUGCAGGGGACUGUAUGUGUCCAUGGAUCAGCUCAAGAUCGAGGUACUGAUGAAGUGAUGAGCUAGUUCUCGCCAAGGAAGAAUAAAUCUAUUGUAGUAGUAUGCAGUAUGCUGCGAGGAGUGAUGGAGCGAGUGCCGUAUGUAUGUGUGAAUCUGCAACUAGUGCCUGAUUUGUGCUCAUGUACUCAUAUGUUGUUCCUGGCGUUGAGCAUUACUAUUGUAUUCCAUUCCACCUGCAA